CGCAGUGGCUCGAAACGAAAACAAUUAUUUUGCAUCGCAGGCGAUAAGUUAAAAGUGAAGUAGACCGCACUGAAACCAUGUCAGCGGCUGGCAGAUCGGACGACGAUCCCGGCCAGAGUCCACCGGUAGACCAGGAGCCGGAUCCGGGGCCAUCGACGCCAGCGGUGGCCGAAAUCGCCGCCUCCAGUAUUCGUUCCGGCCUGGCCGAGCUGGAGCUGCGAUCCUCCCAGGUGCUGCAGCGUCUGGAGAACGUCAAGGUUUCCUCCACGCCCGAGAAACUCAAACCCAAGUCCAAGCCAAAAUCCCAUGAAGAUGGCGAGGAUCAGCAGGAGCAGGAUCAGCAGGAUGAGGGGGAGGCGGAGGAUCAGCAGGAGGAGGACCUCCUGCCGGCGGAGCACCGGGUGCCCUCGGAUAUCCUGAAAUCCCUGGAGCAACUGGUCUCCUACACGGACAGCGAUGACGAUCCGGAAUUCCCGCUGCCCGCUUUGGACGACGUCUCCCAUCUGGCCCUCAUCUCGCACAGCAUUGUGGCGUACUUAUCGCAUCUGGAUCGCCAGCAGCUGCUGCGGGUGACGAACAGCAUUUCGGGCGAUGCCACCAGGUGGCUGGGCACGCUCUUCCACUUUGCCCAGCCGGCGAGCAGCUUUCAUGCGGACAACGCGGACGCAGUGCUGCGUACGGUGCGGCUGGCGAUAGUGGCCAGGUGCCCGGGCUAUCUGGAGGGCGGCAUUCCCGCUUUGGCGCAGCCCACGUUCUACAUUUCGGAGAACACGACGCCGGUGAGGCUGCAGUACGCCUGCCGGCAGCUGGGCAUUCCGCUGGAGGCGAUCAAGAUCAUACCGGAGCACAGUCAGUAUGGGACAAUGGAUGUGGCGCUGCUGCAGAAGCAGAUCCAGCAGGAUGUGGCCAACAGCAGGACGCCGCUGCUGGUGGUGGCGGACAUUGGCGCCUCGCUCUGCGGCUACGUGGACAAUCUGCUGCGGCUGCGGGAUGUGUGCAAGGCGCACAACAUGUGGCUGCAUGCCAGUGGCCAUGGUCUGGCCGCCUUGGUCUGCGCCCAGCAGAAUGAGGGCCACGUGGAGGAGGUGCUGCACUCGAUGGCCCUCAAUCUGGGCAGCUGGCUGGGCGUGCCCAGUCUGCCCAUUGUCCUGCUGCAUCGUCCGCUGCUGAACAGUGCGCUGAGUGCCUUCGAAUCGGAUCCCAUUUUGUCGCGCCGCCUCAACGCGUUGUCGCUGUGGACGAGUCUGCAGGCGCUGGGGAGGAAGGCCAUUGCCGAGCGACUGCAUGUGGCCUUCCAGACGUGCAGCAUUCUCUUCGAGAUCGCCUCCAAGUGCGAGGGCAUACGGGUGCUAAGUCAUACGCCCGGUGCGCAGACAGGAGCCUCGCUAUCGGACAUCAUCCAGAGCCCCUUCGAUGUGCAGGCUCUGUUCGAUGCCGCCGCCCCUGUGGUCGCCUAUCAGUUCGAUGGCAGCACCACCAUUCCACUGGGCUCCUCUGCAGUCGCUGUCCCUGAAACUGCCGAUGGCCUGAAGCCGCUGGAGAAGAUCAACAAUGCUUCCUACUUCGACCGGCUCAACUCGUGGCUGGGUCAGAUCCUGCAGCGCGACUGUCCGAAUUUCGACUUCGAGGUGAUCGAACAUCCCACGCACGGCAGCUGCAUUCGCUACUGCCCGCUGGAAUUGGGCCUGGGUGAGCAGCCGCCGAGCUCCGAGAACCUGGAGAGCUUCGCCCAGAGUCUCGAGGCACAUGUGGAUAUCCUGCGGGCAACGAUCAAGCACAAGGCACGCUUCAUCCAUCUGGUGGAGCGCAGCGAGGUGCUGCGCUUAGUGCCGCUGCCCGAAUGGGCCGGCAUGGGCGGUGUGCGCUUCGUGCCCGAGGGCUGGGAGUCGCUGCUCACAGACCAGGCCAAGACCGAGCUGAACAAGCUCAAUAUCGAUCUGGUGGAGGCCCUCAAGUCCACCGACAAUGCCUUCUCUUUGGGCGAGGGCACCGAUGGCCUGAUCUGCGUGCGCUUCGGCAUGGUCACCCACGAAACGGAGGUCGAGGAGCUGCUGGAUCUGGUGGUCACGGUGGGCAAGAGCGUGCAGGAGAACUCGCGGGUAUUGGACACCAUGUCGGAGAUUGUCAAGAAGGGCAUUGAGGCGGUCACCGCCGAUCUGCAGCGCGAGUCGGAGGAGAAGCUCUGGCAGGAGGGCAUCCUGCGGCAUGUCCCGGUGGUCGGGCGCGUCUUCAACUGGUGGUCACCGCCGGCCAAGGAGUCGGGCAUCAAGGGGCGCAGCCUCAAUCUCACCCAAGGCGUCGUCGAGAGCACCGAGAAUAUAUACAAGUACCACAUGCAGAUGACCGGAGCCACUGCCCAUCAAUUGCCAGCGAAUCGUUCGCCACCCACGCCCAUGGUGCAGACGCCAGUGGGCGCGCCCUCGUCGCCGCCCGUCUUUCCCACAGUGGAGCCCGUGAGUCCAGGAGUCCAGGCAUCCGGAGCGGGUGAGGAGACGCCCGCUCAGGCGGAUGCUGCGCCCACGCCCACUCAGAACCAUGUGGAUCAUGCCCGCACUGUCAGCCAGAGCAGUGCCGCCUCCUCCAGCGUUCCCGAGCUCGUGGCCGCCAACAGUGCAAUUAACAAUAAUUAAUACCUAUACAUAUACCUAUACCUAUAUAUCUAUAUAGAGAUGGAGAGCAGGCAAAAACAUUUAGAUCAAGGCAGAGCCAGCAAAAUGGAUUUCAAAGCGGGAGAGGCCUUAAAAGCAGCAAUAUCAAACAAGGCUUAAACAAGAAACACACGUAGACAAAAAAAAACUGAACAGAUUACCACAUAAAUAUAUAUUUAGAAGGCUUCACUUCCACUCCCCCUACUUAAAAGAACGAAAAGAAAACAAUUCCAAAGAUGAUUGUUCGCCCCGAAAAUGAUGAUAACAAAAAUCCAAUUUAAUUGCUUUAUGUAUUUAUAUUGCUAUUCCAAUGAUCUUUUAUAUAUCUCUACCAUAUAUAUAUAUUAUAUAUUAUUUUAUCGUAUACCUUAAUCGCCCCACCAUUAUUGUUGUUGAUUAUGAUCAGAAAGAAAAUGCGAGAAAAUUGAUUUUUUUUGUUUUCCCUUUUUCACUUAUAUAUCUUUUGCAAUAUUUUACUUUUUAUUUUUACACAUUUUUUUUUGUGUGUCUAUUUUGUAAUUUAUUAUUCAGAUGCAAGUACCUUUGAGAGACAUAAUAUAUAUAGGCAAAAUUGUUCGAUGUUCAAUUGUGCGAAGCAAUAAAUUGCGCUAUUCUUAUUUGUUAAGAAGCUAAGUGACAGCAAACUAAAGAAAUUAAAGCGAGAGAAGCAACAGAAAGUAUAUGAUUAAAUGACAAAAAUAUAUUUAUUAUACAAUUUGCUGCUAAAUGAAAAGAAAACUGCACAAAAUAUAAUAAAAUAAAAAAGGAAACUAUACAAAAUAAAAUGUGAAAUAAUUUAGAAAGAGAAAGCAAGUGGUUUUUGUAUUAUUAUUCUGUAAUAUAUAUCUGUAAUAUCUCAACACAACCUACCUUCAAUUUUUAUCAUUUG